AUGUGGGAGGUGUCUACCGGGCGAUGUGCAUCCACAGGCACCGCUGAGCAGCGCCUCCUGAGCAAGGAGGAGUUCGAGUCCCUUUCGAAGACCGGAUCGCUUGCGGUCUCCUACACCCCCAGCGGCGAGGAUUUAGAGGAGGUGGAUGUUGGCCUGCCUGCUAUGUCCGUGCUCGCCUCCGUCCAGGAUCCACCGCCGAGGGCCCGAAACGACUCCCAAAUUCGCCGGCACAUUCGGCAAAUCGUCCUUGCUUCUUCCAUCGCCAUGGCGUACCCCCCGGUCCAGGUGGAAGGCGCUCCCGCGGAUGCUUGGUGGAAGGAGGCCAUCCGCCACGAGACAGAGAAUCGCUGGUAUGUGCGGCAGCUGCCGGGUGCCUGGGCGGCCACUUUCGGCGGCUCUCAGGUGGGCGAACUCAUCAGGCACCAGGUGGAGCCUGCGUCGGAUCGCUCGUUCCGCCCCUUCGGCCGUCGGGUUCUGGCAGAGCCGCGGGAAAGCGAAGAAUUCAAGAAGGUCAUGACCUGGGUAGACCAGGAGUCUGAGCCGAGAGCGGCACGGCCGGCUCCACUACCGAGCCAGCCCUGCCGGUCCUGCCAGCCCUGUGCCCCCACCACGCUCACAGCAGCACCAGCACCCGUGCCCGCGCCUGCUCCACCCGUCACUCCACACGAGCCCCUGUCGGCGCCAGCCCCGGCGCCAACUGCUACGGCUCCGGCAGGUUUGCCGUCUUCCUUCUCAGCGUACGGCGCAGAGUCGGCCACGCCAACAGCACCCGGAGCGCCAGUGCCGGCGCAAGUGGUGCGACCGCCGAUCUCCGAGGUACCGCCUGGGAUGCGACUGGAGCCGGUGACCUUUGUGCAGACAACGGAGCCAGUUUCACGGGAAGUUGCAAGCGCGGAAGUACAACCGUCCCCCUCUUUAGUACCUCCGGCCGAAGUGGCAGACGAGAAGGACCGGCUGGAUGUGAUAACGUGA